CUUAUACUACUAACGAUAUUUUCAGGGUUAAAUUAUGCGCUUGCUUUUAGCGCAUCAUAAUGAUCAGAGUGAUGAACCUUCGAUUGAUAGGCAUAGAGAUUGGCACAGGGCGAAUAGAAUGACGAAGCUUAUCUUGAAGCAGACUAUGUCACCAAUCGUGAGGGGUAGUGUGGUUGAACCUGAAACUUCUUUAGAAUUUAUGACUGCCAUUGGGUUAAAGUUUACAGAGAAUGUGAAGGCUGAAAUAUCACUGUUGCUGGAUAGGCUGAUAUCCUCUAAGUAUGACGCAUCAGGUAGUGUCAGAGAGCAUACAAUGAAAAUUAUUCAGAUUACUACUAGGCUGGCAAACUUAGAUAUUGUCUUUCCUUAUGCUUUUAUUGUCCAUCUUGCUUUCAGAAACCUCCCUGCAACCUUUAGUCUGCUUAAAACAGCUUAUUUUGCUCAGAAAGAGCAGUGGGAUUUGAAUGAAUUAAUAGCUAUUUGUGUGCAAGAAGAAGAGCUGCAUAAGAGAGAGGGUACAGUUUCAGUCAAUUUAGUUCAUAAGCCGAGCUGGAAGGGUAAAGGGAAAGCUGCAGGGUCCAGUGCAGUAGCUGUUGCUGGUUCUGGUGAAGGCACUAGUAGAGUUAAGUCCACCAAACUUAGCCCCAAAAAGGCAGCAGGCAAGAUGAAAAAGGCUGGAAAUUUUAAGUGUUUUUUCUGCAAAAAGGAGGGGCACGUUAAGAAAAAUUGCAAGGGCUUCAAAGAUUGGUUAGCUAAAAAGGGACUUCCUAACAAAUAGGGCCCCAAGUAGAAGUGAAGUCAAUGUCUCAGUAGGAAACGGAAUGGGAGUGGCUGUCAAAGCUAUAGGGACAGUCAAGUUGUCUUUAGGAUCUGGCUCUAGUUAUAUUUUGG